AUGGGCGCCGCCGCGUGGGCUUCGUUGCCUCUGCCGCCGCGCCUGUCCCUUCUCCUGCAGCUUUUGCUGCUCUCUGGGCUGCCCGCGGGCUCCUGGGACCCGGCUGGUUAUCUGCUCUACUGUCCCUGCAUGGGGCGCUUUGGGAACCAGGCCGAUCACUUCUUGGGCUCUUUGGCAUUUGCAAAACUGUUGAACCGAACCCUGGCUGUACCCCCCUGGAUUGAGUACCAGCAUCACAAGCCUCCCUUCACCAAUCUCCAUGUGUCCUACCAGAAGUACUUUAAGCUGGAGCCCCUCCAGGCCUACCAUCGGGUCAUCAGCCUAGAGGACUUCAUGGAGAAGCUGGCACCCACCCACUGGCCCCCUGAAAAACGAGUGGCAUACUGCUUUGAGGUGGCAGCACAGCGGAGCCCUGAUAAAAAGACUUGCCCCAUGAAGGAAGGAAACCCCUUUGGCCCAUUCUGGGACCAGUUUCAUGUGAGUUUCAACAAGUCAGAACUUUUUGCAGGCAUUUCCUUUAGUGCAUCCUACAAGAACCAGUGGAUCCAGAGAUUUUCCCCAGAGGAACAUCCGGUGCUUGCCCUGCCCGGAGCCCCGGCCCAGUUCCCUGUCCUGGAGGAACAUAGACCGCUUCAGAAGUACAUGGUGUGGUCAGAUGAGAUGGUGAGAACAGGAGAGGCCCAGAUCCACACCCACCUCGUCCGGCCCUAUGUGGGCAUUCACCUGCGCAUCGGCUCUGACUGGAAGAAUGCCUGCACCAUGCUGAAGGACGGGACUGCGGGCUCCCACUUCAUGGCCUCACCGCAGUGUGUGGGCUACAGCCGCAGUGCAGCUGCCCCGCUCACCAUGACAAUGUGCCUCCCUGACCUAAAGGAAAUCCGGCGGGCUGUGAAGCUCUGGGUGAGGGCGCUGAAGGCCAAGUCAGUCUACAUCGCCACGGAUUCUGAGAGCUAUGUGCCUGAAAUCCAGCAGCUCUUCACAGGGAAGGUGAAGGUGGUGAGCCUGAAGCCUGAGGUGGCCCAGAUUGACCUGUACAUCCUUGGCCAAGCCGACCACUUCAUUGGCAACUGUGUCUCCUCCUUCACUGCUUUCGUGAAACGGGAGCGGGACCUUCGGGGGAAGCCAUCUUCUUUCUUUGGCAUGGACAGGCCCCCUCAGCUGCGAGACGAGUUCUGAUCCAGUCUGGAACCCAUCAGCAGUCGGAGCUAGGCCCUCCAGCCAGGCCUGGCAGCCAGAGGUGCUCCCAGGAUUGAUCCCCCAGGGUGCAAGCUCCUCUGCUUGCUUGCCAGACAUCGAG